CUAAAUUCCUCGAGGCAAAAAUUGUUGUUUGUUUAUAGUUAUUGAGAAGUUAUAGCAAUAAGAAUUCAUGGAGAAGCGAGUUUCCGUCAAAAGAUUAAAUACAAACUAAUAAAAGAUGCCAGGAAUAAAUCAAGAUACGGAGAUACGUAUUUACACUAAAUGGAUAAACUCAAAGCUUGAAAAGACGCACCCUCCAAUUCAGCAUUUAAUCAAAGAUUUACAAGAUGGUCUUGUUUUAAUUUCUCUCCUUGAAGUUUUGUUAAAUACAAAAAUUAAUACAAAAGAACCAACUCAUGAGAUUCAUAAACUUAAAAAUGUUUCAAAAGUCUUGAGACUGUUAAAAGAAAAAGGGUUUGAGCUGUCAUUGGAAAGUGAAGAAAUUGUCAAAGGAAAUGAUACUCAAAUUUUAGCCCUAAUCUGGUGGAUCAUACUGCACUUUCAGAUUGAACGAGUUAUGCACGAUAAGCAAAGAACAUCCUUGAAAGCAGAAGGUCCAUCAUUCCGUAUCAAACAAGUCUUAACUCCAGCUAAAGAACUGCUGUUGAAAUGGACACAGGAUGUCCUUCGAGGGAUGUUCACAGUAAAUGAUCUGGAAAAAGGUUGGCAUGAUGGUUUCGCAUUUGUGUUUCUACUAUUUGUUUUUAGUCCCUCGUCCAUUGACAUAAGCCGAGCAUUAAGAAUGUCUGUUCAGGAGAGACUGAAAUACGCAUUUGAUGUCGCUGAGGAAAAAUUUGAUGUUCCUAGCUUGCUGGAUCCUUCAGACGUUGAAGAAGGCAAUGUUGAUAAAGAACGAAUGUUAAUAUAUUUUUCUUCAUUAUACGAAGUCUUGAGAAAUCAUGAAGCAAAAAAUCCUUAUUCAGUGAUGCCUCAGAAUGAACAUGAAUCAAUAACAUUGCGCAUUGGUGAUAAUGAACUCAAAAUCCAAAUAACAUCAAAAAAUAAGACUGCUAUGCUUUAUAUAAAGCUUCAUUACACUGUCCUGUAUUCAAUGAAAGAAGUGGAAAAGAGAAUGAAGAAAAUCACAGAAAAGGAGCCUGGACAUGAUAGGGCAGGUGAAUUGAAGGAAAUUCAAAUGGAAAUGCUAGAAUUAAUGAAGAUCAUUGGCGAAUUAAAUGAAAAAAAUAGAGAAAUGUCCAUGUCUUUAAGUAUUAAUCACGAAGAAUUUUUUCAAGUUCUGAAGGAACUCACACAGCUAAGUAAACGUUGGUCGGCACUUAUAAAAUACAAAAAUGAAGAAAUCUCAAAACAGCCAGUUAUCCUAGGCUCUGGAGGCAUCACAAAUAGUGCUCGAUUAACAAUUGGAGACGAAGUGGUUGAGAUUACAUCAGUUUCUUCCAAUGAAAUUGUUCUCAAGUAUAUGAUCGUGUAUCAUGAAGUUAUUAAUAUCAUUCAAAUGAUUGAAGAUAAGAUGAAAAAUAUUGAGCAGGAAGAACCAAGUUUAAAAACUUCCGCAAUACUUCAUGAGAUUGUUCAAAUGAUGGAUCAGGUUCAGGAAUUCAAGAUUACAGAGUUAAAUGAUCUCAUGAAUGAGAUGAAAAUAGCUGAGAAUGUUGACUCGGAUGAACUUGAUGAACUGAGAAAACAGUUUGAGGAUUUUGAAUCUGACCUUUCACGUAUAUAUGACGUACUUAUGAAUCAGACUAAUCAACAGAUAAUUUCUAAUGAAACACCAUCCACAGAAAUUGACGGCAGUAUUCUAAAAACCACAACAGAAUUAACCAAUGAAAUUGUGUUGAAAUAUAAAACUGCGUAUCCCAGCAUUUUAUCCGGUGUCGAGAGACUGGAAAAGAAGAUUGAAAAGAUUCAAGAGGAGAAUGCAAGCCAAGAAAACGCUAAAGAAUUGAAAAUAAUCCGCAUAGAAAUGCAAGAAUUACAGAAGAUUUUAUGUCAAAUGCGAAAGGAAAUUUCAAGAUCUGCUAAAGUUGAUCCUAAGGAGUUCUUGGAAAUCCAAAAAGAAUUGGAAGAACUGAUUGAGCGGUGGUUGAUACUUAUGAAAUACGGUAAUAAAGAAAUCAUGAGACAACCAGCCAUUGUUCGUGAACUCAAAACAAGAAAAACUACACACAGUGCUCAUUUAACAAUUGGGGACAAAGUGAUUGAGAUCGACUCCGUUUCCUCCAAUGGGAUUGUCAUCAAGUACAAGAUUUUACAUCAUGAAAUUAUCACUAUCAUCAAGAUGAUUGAAAGUAACAUUAAGAUUAUUAAGAAAGAGGAACCAAGCCAAAAAACGGCUGCAUUACUUGAUGAAAACAUUCAAAGACUGCAUCAACUUCAAAAGGAUAUUUCAGAGUUAAAUCAACUCAUAAGUGAAAUAAAAGUUGCUGAGAAUGUUGAUUUGAAAGAACUUGAAGAAUUGCAAAACGAACACAAAGAUUUUAUAACACAUCUUACUUAUGUGAACGCCUUCAUCGCAAACGAGAAAGCAAGGCAACCAAUUCUGAUCACGAAAACUGUUUAUGAGAUGAGCAGAAAAGAAGAAAUCACACGAAGUUUACAUACUCGAGUAAAAUUGAUUUUGACGUUUUCGUAAGUAAAAGCUUCUUAAAGAAUAAACAUUGAAAGAUAACAAACACAAUCAUGCACAAUUAUUUGGCGAAGAAAGAUCAAAUUAUUCAAACUGCACAUGGCAUAUGUAAAUUGAUGUUCGAUAUUUUAAUGCCUUUGCUGGUCAAUGCGAGAAUUUGACUUCGCCAAUUGCACGUGUCGUAUUAUCUUCCAAUUUCCGAUUAAAAUACAAAGUAAAUGCUGAAUAUAAUGAUAAAGAAAA